AUGCCGCCGGACUCCUUUGACCCACGUCUCUCCAAGUACUUCACAGAUCCAAUUAUAAGCCAGUACACCAAGUUUUUUGGAUUCUCCACAUCUGAUGCAGGCCUGUUGUGGAUAGUGGACGAGGCUAUUGCUGCUCCUCUCCCUCUUGCCUGGGAGGAGGGGGUUUCAUUGAAGAAGAAUAACAGACCAUAUUAUUGGAAGCCCCCGUCGACUAAGAGCACGUGGGUGCACCCAGUAGAUGCGUUUUAUUUGGCCUUUACACGAAGGCUCCGUGACCAGCUUUCCGGAAUUAAUUCAACAGACCCUACAUUCUACUUCACGCAAAGGCCCCCAAAUGUAUGCAUAGAUGUCCUCAAUAUGUGCGCCUUUUUAGAUUUAGAUCCAGCGUCUUCUUAUGUUUGGAUUGCUCUUGUGGCCCUUUGCACUCCCCUUCCCCCAACAUGGCAACAGCGAGAUGAUUAUACGUAUCUUAACAUAGAAACCAAGGAAGAGUCGACCUCUCAUCCCUGCGACCUGCUCUUCUACACGUGGGUUCGCGAGGCUCCCAAUUUCCCAGAGCAGACAGGAGAGUGGAUUUUCCCAAAGCUCUCUGCUCAGGAGAGCGCGAAGAUUCCAGAAGGGAAGAUACUUUCUUACAGCUUCAAACAGUGCCGAGCCUGCAUUCUGGAUGAAACCGUUGUGACGACUAUCAAACGCAUCACGCCCCCCAGCCAGUUCGCCGAGGAUCAGCCCGACUGGAUAAAAGGGGCGAUUAUGAACGCCUCCAGCGCAGUCUUUGGGGCAGAGGUCUAUACAACACAGGCACUGACUGGUGGGAGUAAAGUGCAUUAUAUUGAUUCUCUUUCCCACCAGCUACCCGUAGAAAGCAUGAUACCAGACAAUCGAGAUAUAUUACGAGCUUUGCAGACGGCAGAUGCCAACUCUAUAGCUGCCUUGAGGUUCAACAAAUCUCUAGCAUUGAGUGCUUGUUCCGAUGGCGACUCACUAACAAACACUCUUCACCACAGUAACCGGCACAGGCGUGUUGACCUCAGUGCAGGUCUUCUCUCACCUUCUAAUCCCAUGCUCUUAACUCCGAACGCUGCCAGAGCCGGGAUCAUUGAUAAUGUAUUGACAGAUGAGAUCAUGUUUAAUUCUGUUCGAGAAGUGGAGGCCAGGACAGAGUCUGGGGCUAUUGGGCUUCCUCUCCCUAGACCACGAGAAACGCUUGUUGACAGACGCAAUCUCUACUUGCUACUGAAGGCUAAGAACAUCUCAACCGUAACACUGUUCAAGGAGUAUAACAAGCUUAAAAAUGGAGCUUCUGCUCACUGUGUAUCUACUGUCUCUUAUGUAGGACUACUUCUCAGCAAUACAGGUGUUAGUUCAAAGAGGUCAAAGCAACCUGGUAGGGAUGCAGAAAGGCCAUCAUCGACACAAUCAUUUUCAAACAAUGACGCUCAUAAUAGUUCUAUUGCGUGUUAUCCCGAACGACCUACUCAAAGAAUAGAAGAUAAGUACAAGAUAACAGAGUCAUCAAAGCUAUUGGAAACCUCCUAUUAUAGUUACCAGAGGGCUGAGAAUAAAGCAAAGGUGGAGCAAACUAUAAAGCGGAAUACAGUCUCCCAUUCGCAGUCACAAUCACAGCCAGUGACAGGAUCAUCAAUUCUCUAUCAAUCUCUUGUUGACCCUGUCGGUGGAUUGGCAUCCUCUCAGACUUGUAAUCAUAGUGUGGUACCAUCCGCAGACCUUCUUGUCAAUGCCAGCAUGUCUAAGCAGGCAAUCAUUGCCAACUCAGGAAAGCUUGAAAGUACCCCUAACAGAGCACUUAAGAUGACAACUGUUUUGGGAACAACUCCUCUCUACGAUAUUAGCGCAGAAGGGACGCGAGCACGUAUGGGGCUUUUACGGGUUAAUACCUCGGAUACUCAUAAAAACAUGCCACGAGCCAGAUCUCCUUCGCCGCCUUCUACACCGAUAGUGGGAACAUCGAGACAUAUAAAUAGCUUUGAUAACCUAGGUCUAUUAGGAUCACGUUACAAAUCACUUAGCCGCAACGGAAGAAGCCCCACUAAGAUUGCUAGUCCGUGUUUCAAUUUCAGCAGACUCAACGCCACAGGCCGUAAUGGAUCCCCUGCAAGAAGUGCACGCCGUCGUGCUCGAUCAAACGUGGAGCCUCGAAGUAGCACAGGGUCAUGCAACAUACGGGGUGGUGAGCUUGCUGCGUCAAACUUGCACCCAGCUACCUCUCCUACCAGAGGCAUCACUCCCACCCCAAUGUCUCAGCGUGAGGAAGAUGAAAGAGCACGAGCCUACCUUUUACAGCACCGAGACAACACUAUGACACCCCAGCGAAGGGAGUAUGUUGCUACCGAUUUUGUCAUCGCUCUUCUAGCUCUUCCCCCUCCUACCGUCAGUUUCUUCUAUGGUAAGAUACAAGUAGACAGCAAGACUUUCAAGGAGCAGUUCAAAGCCCGCACGUGCCCUACUAUGUCAAGGGACCCAGUUAAUUCCAUACUAUAUCAAUCACUAUCAAAGCUAUCAGCAGAGCCCAAGUUUGUCAAUCUUAAGUUGAAAGUUAAAGUGGAAUAUGAUAUAGAUGAGGACACCUACAAUGUGUACAACAAGUCUGCUACGCACGAGGCGUUUAGGAAUGUCCAUCCAUGGUAUGUGCCUAUCAUCCAAUACUAUAUCAACAACGUUGUCGUAGACGGAUCUCCUACUUCUGAGUGUUUCGGGUUUGUUCUGAAUACGACGGACUUCUUCAUUUCUAUGCCAAUCAUCAUCUCUGAGCAUUAUAAGUUCAUCAUUUCGGAUGUAGACGGCAUCACAAAGACUUGGCUCUCUGAUACACUUGAAUUUCUUCACCAGACAUGCGAGCGAAUAGAUUCAGAGAUCGGAAAGUGUCAUGGAAAGCGUUCUGCCAACGUCUACAAUCCAGUGUAUACCAUUAAUGACGUUAAAGAAUGCAAAGUGUCCAUAAGGAUGCUUUGCGACAAUGUGUUGACCCUUUUUGCAAAACUUCAAGCUCUGAAACCGUCUAUCAAGCUUUCUGCAUUUGCUGACUCUAAAAAGAAGUACUUGUAA